AUGGAACCUGUGCCUCCGAGAAGACUUGUGCCAGCAUUCAGUCACCAGAACGACCAUGAGACGAACUCUAGUUUCGCAACCAACAUAGCACGGUCCGAGCACAGCGGCAAUACUCUGCUACCAGCGGGCACGGCAUGCUCUGAUUCCGGAGAUCAGAACGCUACACCAUCUGUGCAACACCAUGUUCCUAACGACCAUGACAAGUCGGCGUUACUGCACGACUUGCGAGAGCUGUGCCUAGUGCUGGCAUCGGAGUCAGAUUCGAAAUUCAACAUGAAGACCACUCUACCCGGCCCGGGACCUAGCAUCUUCGUGAAAACGUUGCAUGGAUUAUGGCGAAUGAUUACCACCUCUCCUGUUGGAGACCGACUACACUGGAGCGCUAUAGCUUAUCAUAUUGGCUCAMAGUUCUUCGUUGUAAACACCCUCUUGGCCUGGGCGGCAUACGCAUAUCCAAAGUCAGAAAAACCAGGCCAGGUGGAGUACGGAGUUGGACUCACCACGCUUCCCGGCAAUGUCUUCUUCUGGAUUGGAGCACUCCUUGAAUUUCUUGAUGUCAUCAGUAAGGUCCGGCUUGACGGUCGCCUUAUCAAAGACGAAUUCGACUAUGGAUCAACUGAUAGCACACCGAGGAUCGUCGAUGUCAGGCAAGCAAAGAACCGGGCAACUCAGAUCAAUGUCGAAUCCUGGGUCCAGACACAGAAACACCCGACGCAUAACGAGGGUGAGCGUCAGCGCUCACAUCUUUCCUUCUUCCAACUAUUGAGUUGUCACAGCACAUAUGACGCCACCUUCAACGCUUGCAUUAUACAGCUGGUAGGCGCGACAGUGUAUACGAUGAUAGGUGUGGCAGACCUCCCAGGGAUCUCCUCAGCAUUGACGCCUGCGCAAAAGAUUGGACUAUACUGGACUCCCAAUAUCAUCGCCUCGUGCUGCUUUGUAGGCGCAUCGAUCUUCUUCAUGGUGGGAACCCAGCAGAAGUGGUACAAGCCUCGGCCGCAAUGUAUCGUGUGGUGGGCAACUGCAUGGUCGCUGGUUGGCUCUCUUGGAUUCCUCCUGAAUGGCAUACUUGGUCCUCUAAGCUAUGGGAACUGGAUCGCGGGUUACCACUGCCUGCUGUCGAAUUUCUGGGGGUCGCUCGCUUUCCUUUGCGCCAGCACGUGUCAGAUAUAUGAUUGUGCGAACAGCAAACGCGUCGAUUCGCCACCAGAAAGCUGA